CUGAAAAACAACACCUUUCUAUUGAUUUAUUAAAAUAGACUCCACGAGAGCGGGGGUUUCUCUCCUGUCCUGAAGCGCAAUGGGUUCCGCUGCCCUGCAGCUUUAGUGGGGGGCUUCGGCUGAGGCCUUUGAGGUCGGCUGAAAGACGAUGGUUUGGGGCCUAGGACCAGCUUCUCCAGUCUCCAGGCACCAGAGGCAAUGGACCCACUAUUCGCUAAGAGCAAACGAUUCAAGCCAAUCAGAGCACCUGCCUCUCUUCCUUUUCGUCUGGCACCUGCGUUUUCCACAGGUAGCCAUCCCCUCCGUGACUUCCCUUUUCUCCACAACCAACCGCCCCCCGACCCCAAAACCAUCCAACCCAAAGUCAGCCUGCCAGACGUGAUCAAAAGCUAUCUCCGACUGCACACCAUUUCCACUCUGUUUGUCGACAUUACUUCAAACAAAACCCAGGUUGUCUUCGCCCACGGACGUAAAAGCCUAUCCUAUAUAUCGACUUCUCCCAACCGUAAGUUGUCAAUGCACAUCAGCCUGCGACAUCCGCUUCACCUGGGCUCUUCUUCCCCACCAUCCUCCGCCUUCAACCCUCAGCCGAUUAAUCAAUCAAUCAAGCCACGCUCGAUCAUCGCAACUCACCACUUCCAAGCCAAGCUAACACCCCCCAGGACAGCAUCACACGAUUAACAGCCCGUAUUAUACAAAAUGGCCGCCGAAAAGAAGGACUCCAAGAUUUGGGUCCAGUCUAACGAUAACAUCACCAUCCCAGUUGGUACGUCAGAC